CACACACACAUCAGUUUCCUUGUCUGGGUAGCCCAGGGUCUCUCCAAGCCUCCUCCAUCCUGGAGCUAGUCACAUUCUCCUAAACAUCACACCCCCAAGUCUCCUUGGGCCUGGGGGAGCUGCAGGAUGGCGGCCGGUGUGGCCACAUGGCUACCAUUUGCAAGAGCUGCAGCAGUGGGCUGGCUGCCCUUAGCCCAGCAGCCCCUGCCCCCUGCACCGGAGGUGAAGGCAUCCCGAGGUGAUGAGGUACUGGUGGUGAAUGUGAGCGGUCGGCGCUUUGAGACCUGGAAAAACACGCUGGAUCGCUAUCCAGACACAUUGCUGGGCAGCUCAGAGAAGGAAUUCUUCUACGAUGCUGAAUCAGGCGAGUACUUCUUUGAUCGUGACCCAGACAUGUUCCGGCACGUGCUGAACUUCUACCGCACAGGCCGGCUGCACUGCCCCAGGCAGGAGUGCAUCCAGGCCUUUGACGAGGAGCUAGCCUUCUAUGGCUUGGUACCAGAGCUUGUGGGCGACUGCUGUCUUGAAGAGUACAGGGACCGAAAGAAGGAGAAUGCAGAGCGCCUGGCAGAAGACGAGGAGGCUGAGCAGGCCGGGGAAGGUCCAGCCCUUCCAGCAGGCAGCUCCCUGAGACAGCGACUCUGGAGGGCUUUCGAAAACCCACACACGAGCACUGCAGCACUCGUUUUCUACUAUGUCACUGGCUUCUUCAUAGCCGUGUCGGUCAUCGCCAAUGUAGUGGAGACCAUCCCAUGCCGUGGCCCUGCCCGGCGACCCACGAGAGAGCAACCCUGUGGUGACCGCUUCCCGACGGCCUUUUUCUGUAUGGACACAGCCUGCGUACUCAUAUUCACCGGGGAAUACCUUCUGCGGUUGUUUGCAGCCCCCAGCCGUUGCCGCUUCCUGCGCAGUGUGAUGAGCCUCAUCGAUGUGGUAGCCAUCCUGCCCUACUACAUUGGGCUUUUUGUGCCCAAGAAUGAUGAUGUCUCUGGUGCCUUCGUCACCCUACGUGUGUUCAGGGUUUUCAGAAUCUUCAAAUUCUCCAGACACUCCCAGGGCUUGCGGAUUCUGGGCUACACCCUCAAGAGCUGUGCCUCCGAGUUGGGCUUUCUCCUCUUUUCCCUCACCAUGGCCAUCAUCAUCUUUGCGACUGUCAUGUUCUAUGCUGAGAAGGGCACUAGCAAGACCAACUUCACAAGCAUCCCUGCUGCCUUCUGGUAUACCAUUGUUACCAUGACCACACUUGGGUAUGGAGACAUGGUGCCUAGCACCAUUGCUGGCAAAAUUUUUGGGUCCAUCUGCUCACUUAGUGGUGUCUUGGUCAUUGCCUUGCCUGUACCAGUCAUUGUGUCCAACUUUAGCCGCAUCUACCAUCAGAACCAGCGUGCUGACAAGCGCCGAGCACAGCAGAAGGUGCGCCUGGCAAGAAUCCGGUUGGCAAAGAGCGGCACCACCAAUGCCUUCCUGCAGUAUAAGCAAAAUGGGGGCCUUGAGGAUAGUGGCAGCGGGGAGGGACAGGCACUGUGUGUUCGGAGCCGUUCUGCUUUUGAACAGCAGCAUCACCAUUUGCUGCACUGUCUAGAGAAGACUACGUGUCAUGAGUUCACAGAUGAGCUAACCUUCAGUGAGGCUCUUGGAGCUGUCUCCCUGGGUGGUCGCACCAGCCGUAGUACCUCAGUGUCUUCCCAGCCAAUGGGGCCUGGCAGCCUGUUAUCAUCUUGCUGCCCUAGAAGGGUCAAGCGUCGAGCCAUCCGCCUUGCCAACUCCACUGCUUUGGUCAGCCGUGGCAGCAUGCAGGAGCUAGACACUCUAGCAGGGCUUCGGAGGAGCCCUGCCCCUCAGAGCCGCUCAAGCCUCAAUGCCAAGCCUCAUGACAGCCUUGACCUGAACUGUGAUAGCCGGGACUUCGUGGCUGCCAUCAUCAGUAUCCCCACCCCUCCUGCCAACACACCAGAUGAGAGUCAACCUUCCUCCCCUGGUGGUGGUGGUGUCAGUGGUGGCCGAAGCAACCCUACCCUCAGGAACUCCAGCUUGGGUACCCCCUGCCUCCUUCCUGAGACUGUGAAGAUCUCUUCCCUGUGAGGGAUGGGUCUGCCCACUCAGAGGGCCUCUUAAUUUUUGGGAACUCCUUUCCAAAGCCAUAUUUGGGAGAGGCAAAGAGGGGCAGACCUGGGGACCCCUUAUGCUCCCUGCCAAGAACUAUGCAAUGGAGUUUCAUGGAAUGGCCCAUCUGGUGGGGAAGUAGCUAGGGCAUGGGAAACAAUUUUCCUAACAGGAGCUGAAGCACUGGGACUUCAUAGGUCCUGGCCUCCUUGCCUCAGCAUGCCGGGACUGGCCUCUCUCUCCUAACCUGGCCUCUUGCAUGCUCCUCCCUUGGGCCCUCAGAGGCAGGUUAAAGUGCUCUGUAGUCUAACAUUUGAGGUCUGGCCUGACAAGAAGAGAUUAGAGUUCCUCUUCUCUUUGGUUGUGCUGUGCAAGUUCGAGGGUUCAGAAAAGAGAACCCUCAACUCUAAUUUUGCCUAUAGUGGGCAAGGUCUUUGCCCUUCACCAGGCCCAGCACUUCCCAGAUUUGGAAGCUGUGGGCUGGCUUAAUGGGCUGUGGCCUCUGGAGUGACCCACUACCCCAAGCUUUGGCUGAGGGCUCAGGCUGCUUCUCCUAACACAGAGAUAGCACAAACACCACCACCUGCUUCCCUGGCUGCUGGAAAUGAGUUCCUGCCACCUGCCCUCUGCUGGGCCUCCAGCAAACUCUAGCAAUAGCAGCUGCUGCCGUAACCAUAUGCAAAGCCUCCGAGCGAUUUGCUGCAGCAUAUACAUCUGCCCCAAUCAGAUGGGCCACAUCUAACUACUUUCUUCUCUGGUGUUUUUUUUCUUCGGUUGGUCUGGAUUCUGGACCUGCUGAGAUAAGAGCCUGGCACCCAGCUCGAGCAGGGCUGGGUUUUGAGAUCAUGGGCUGACUCUGUCGUCUUGGGCAGGAGUCCAGAAGUGUAGGCAGAAGCCUGGGUUGUUUCUGAACCCUGGGAGAGACAGAAGAGACUUCUUGAUUGCCUCCUCCUGUAAUUUCCACAUAGUCUUCUCCUCUCUCUCUUGGGUCACCUGCUGGAUCUGUGCUCUCAGACUGAAAUUUCACGUCAUCUCAGGUUCCCUGUCUCCCAGCUCUGCCCCCCACCCCGAAGCCUGCAGCUGACAAAGAUGAAGUCUUCAUCAGUCAAUAAAACUUAAGAGGAGAGAUGUGGAUUGAGCAUCUACUGACUCUGGAUUGACUUUGAGGGCUUGGCUUAGGGGUUAAGGACACUCUGGUCUCAAUUUCUUUCAACAGUGAAGGGGCUGAUGUGGGUAGAAGUAUGGGGUAUGGGAGGCGGAUGGCUACUGAUGUAUUCUUGAAUGAAGAUGAGGAUCAUGGAGAAAUGAAAGAAGGUGAUAGGAAGAGUUGGUCUCUGGAGGCAGUAAAGCAGGCCAAAGGGUACUAAGACUGAUGUAUCUUGGGAUUUUUUCCAAGACAGGGUUUCUCUGUAUAGGCCUGGCUGUUCUGGAAUUAGCUCUAUAGACUAGGCUGACCUUGAACUCAAGAGAUCUUCGUGCCUCUGUCUCAUGAAUACUGGGAUUAAAGGCAUAUGCCACCAUGCCCAGUGGUGUACCACGGAUAUUAAUCUAUUCCAAGUCCUUCAUUCACAGAUGGAGAAACCAAGAUCCAGAGCAACAUUGUUGUUACUUAGAGGGGUAAAAGCUCAUGUUUUCUGAUAGCAAAACCCUACACAUUUAACCCUA